UCCCCUCGUUUCUCAGGAUGAGUGGCCACAAUGAUGUUCUCAGUUAGAUUUGUUAUCGUAUCUUAUGGAGUUACAUGUGAUCGAUCGACAGAUCAAGGGUGUGGCCCUGAAGCACGACGACGUAGGGUGGCAGCAGGGCAGAGGAAACCCACUGCCGCCGGCGCCUCCAACACCCCAAACAGACCGGCCUGGCUGGCGGUGCGCCCUCGCUGCCGAUUCGUGCGUGGCAGCGCAGGCGACGCGAUCACGCAGCCACCGAGGCAGGCCAUGGCGCCCAAGCCGCGGGACGGAGCGCCAGAAACCGCCCCACCGCCCAUCCAUCCGCUUCCAUCCAUCCAUCCACUGGUGAUCGGAUGCUCCGCGCCGGCCCCGGACCCGGUGGUGGAGCGGGCGCGGUGAACACACCACACCACAGGGGCUCGGCCUCGGCGUCCCCUCACGCCUUUUUUGAAAACCUCACCCUCUUCUCCUCCUCCUCCCCCUCCCUGUCUCGCUCGCGUCGCCCCUCCACUGCACCCGCCUCUCUCCCUCCUCUCAUGGUCAUCAUGGCCGGUGCCUCCGACCGCCGCCGCCACCACCACCACGACCACCACACAGCCACGGCCAAGCCCGCUCCCCCCGCCGCGGCGUCUCCGUCCCCGACGCCGGCUCCCGCCAACCGCACCCGCCUCCACGACUUCGCCUUCCCGACGCAAAGCUGGGGCGCGCACCGCCUCCUCCGCUGCUCCAAGGACGUCGGCGGCCCUGCGUCCCCGCCGCCGCACCCGCAGACGCCGUCGCCGGACAAGGAGAAGCACCAGCAGGCCUCCUCCCCCGGCGCCGCGGCCGCGUCGCAGCCCCCGCGCCCCUGGAACCUCCGCACCCGCCGCUCUCCCACCGCCGCGCCGCUCGCGUCGAGAUCGGACGCCGCGGCGCCGGCGGGCGGAGCGCAGCCGCCGCAGCUCCAGUCGCCGCCCCCGCCGGCCGCGCCCACGAAGAGGGCCUUCUCCGCCGCGCUCAGCAGGGACGAGAUCGCCGAGGACUUCGCCACCAUCCGCGGAACCCGCCCGCCGCGCCGGCCCAAGAAGCGCCCGCGCGCCGUGCAGCGCCAGCUCGACAUGCUGUACCCGGGGCUGUCUCUCGCCGACGUCAAUCUGGACUCGUACAAGAUCGAGGAGCAGAGGUGAUCGGCGCCCUGCUGCUGCUGCUGCUGCAAAUCGGAGGAGCUUUUCAGAUGUUUCCAGCUGUCCCUUUCUUGGUGCGAUGGCUAACAUCGCCAUCCCAUGGUUCUUCUAGUUCCUGUGGAUUAGGAUGCCGAACGCUUGAUUUCCAGUGCUAAUCUGUACAGGGAGUCCUGCUAUUAAGUAUAUGAUAAAUUAGUUAUGGGGCCGCUUGGUCAUGCUCGUGCUUCCUUAUCUGAUGUUGAGUCUGGGGUAUUAUGGUUCUGGUAGGAUUGGCCGAUUGGGUAAUGUCCUUUGGCCAUGAGAAGCUGUCAUGGGAUUGUACAUGGUUCUAAUCUAUGAAAUGUUCCUGUUUCUCUCAUUCAAAAUUCCAACAAGUAAAGUGCUGAUUGAAUGGCAUGGCAAUUUCUUUGGAGAGUUUUUUUUUUGCCCCACCCGUUCAAAUUUCUCCUUUCUGGAUUCACUGAUGAAAACCAUGUCACUUAGUUGCAGACAACAGGGGGAGACAGCUCUGAUUCUACUCCGCCAGAGUAUGAAUUCUACUUGCGUGAAAGUGAUGGCACAGAAUACUUGUACUGGUAUAUAAGGAACGUGGUCUGCCAAAAUUCUACUUUGUAUCCGAAAUCUGGCUGGUCAUCAUGCAACCUAUAUAUGCAUCUUAUAUUUCUGCAAGUGUAAUGCGCACAAAUGUCUUCUUUUGGAGUUAUUAAUAUAUUUACUGAGGGUUGUUCGGUUGCGUCUCGAUCCAAGGGGAUUAAAUCGCUUCCUAGUCAAAAUUGAACAGGAGGGGAUUUAAUCCCCUCAAUCCCCUUCGAUCCAGACACAACCAUUUUGACUAGGGAGAGAUUUAAUCCCCUUCGAUCAAGACGCAACCGAACAAGACCUUAUGAUCCAGGCACACUCUCUUCGCUAAAUGCAUUUGGUACAGAAUUGGAGCUUUGGAUGUUCAUUUCACUUGAGCACAUUUCUGAUGUGAAAAGACUGCCUGGUUGGUGUAGGAUAAUCCUGAAUCCGUAUGUCCUGGGUUCAUGAGCCCUUUUUCUUUUCUUUUCCCGUUUUUGGUGAGAACUUGGAUGGCAUUGUCCGCUAUGCUGUGUUGGUAUAGCCAAGCUUCUUCACGAUUUAUUCAUCUGGUGAGAUCAUCUUUGCACCUGUACACUUGGUAAUGCCCUAUGUCCACGUAAUUGACUUGGUUCAGAAUGCUGGAUGUUGCUGUUGUGCAGGGCACCUGGUCUGGUUUCUCUUCAUGGCAACCUGAAGUUUUGUGUUCUAGACUUGUGGUGUGGCAAGCAAAUCUGUAUGGUGAGGCAGCAAGGAGAACUUUGGUAGAGUGGGAGAAGCACAACGCGAGAUGUCAACAGCGUCCUCGUCGGCGGGCAUAGUCGAUGAUGGCUACGCAGCCGGAGCCCCGACUUCGGCGAGCGCUGCGUGGUGAAACAACGGGUUAACUGUGCUGUAGAAGGAAGACGGAGGAGCCAUGCGACGGCCGCGCGCGCGCGGCUUCCUCCUGUGAGUUGGUUCUGAGCUUGGUGCACCCUGCGCCGCUCCUCCCCCUCUUCUUCGUCGUCUUCACACCCGCUGUCCUCGCUUCUCUCCCCCUCUUCUCGCUUGGUCUUCUUCGUGCUGAGGGAUGGAUUUGUCUCGUCUGGACUUUCGGCCGGGGUGCUUUUUGAAGCUGAUGUUUGGCGCCGGUUUUCCUCUCCUGUUUGCCCCGGAAGCCCGCGCUCCCCAUCGGCAUUCUGGCUUGUUGUCUCGUUUGGAAGAUGUAUCUUCAGGCUUGAUCCUGUCUCGGUUGGUCAUAUCCUUCAAGCUGCUUUUGGUGGUUCUGCCAGGGGAUUCAUGGUCCUCCCGCUUGCCGAUCGGGUUUUCCGUUUCUCGGUUUCCUCCAGGGAUGUUGGGUUCCACAUUUACAACUCCAGAUGCAUCGCUCGUUCUGAAUUCAAAGCUUUCUUCAACUUGUGGAACUCGGGUGGACCAAAUUGGAACUAUGAGCUCAAACUAUUCCUUCAGGAGGAGAAUGCCAACUGGUGGUUUGUCUCGGGCAGGAAAAAAUCUCAUUCGCUGAUGUGGUUAGGCGCCCGCCUUUGACUGGUGCAAAUGUUGUCCCAGUUCGUCGUCACCGUCGUUCUUUCUGUUCAGCUGGAAAAUUGAUUGCUCUGAGGACUUCUGUAUAGAUUGGGUUUCCCCUUCGGAGCUCGGGGUCCGAGGUCUCCUGCCAACUCUUCGACCUCGGGGGCCUCGUCGCGUGAUCUUCGUCGUGGGUCUGCCCCUACGGCGGGUUCUCCCAGGCCUAACGAGUGCAGGAAUGGGCGCGGAUGUCGGGGCUGUGAUGAUUGCUCCCUUUCAAAUUCAAAGUCAAUCUCAAAUUCAACUGUUGGGCGGCAUUGGCCUCGUAGGUUGCAGUGGCGGCCCAUUCUGCGUAACGGGCCCCUCAGGCCUGGGCUUGGGCCUGGAGGGAUGGAUUUGUCGGGCUCGGUUACUUCAGCCUUGCUCUGUCUUUUUUGUAAAGCCAGGGGGCAUUUGAAAUUGUUCUGCAAACGUAAAAAAUCAGAAUUUGGUUUCCCUCUCUCCUCGUUCCCUUCCUUCGAAAGUUUCUGCCCUUUGGAAGGGUCUCCCCGUCCCUUGGACUUCGGGUCCUGGUUCCGCUCGUCCUCCCGGUCUCUGACGGGUGGGACUCCACCUUCAUUUGCCUCCUUCCGUGAAUUCGCCGAAGCGGUUUCCUUAUUAAAAAAAUCCGAACAGGCGCCAGAAACGUCCUUGGAGCUCGCGUUGGGUGUCACUUCAACAAAACCCCAACCUGCUUCUCCACCCUUUGCUCUCCGGCGAUCGUCUGAGAAUCUGUCAAUGGCGUACCGGCUCGUAGACCCGGGGCCGUUCCUCCCUCCAGGAUUCAGCGCCGCGGUGGUCCAGCAUCGUGGGAUUAUGGUCAGGUCAGUUUCGCAGCGUUUGCCGCCAUUUCACGAGGACUGGGCGAUUAUAAAUAUCCAUCCUUUACCGGAGCACGAGGUCUUGUUCCCUGCGGUUAGGGAUGUGGUCAGAGAAUACCUUGUUGAGCAUCAGAGGGUUGGUGUCCGCGCCAUUCAGCGCUCACAUUUUGGACAAGUGUUGGUGCAAUUCCGUAGUGUGCUGGAGCGGGAUAACUUGGUUCUUCUUGGUCCCCAGCAGUAUUUGGACGCUACUUUCACCGCGGUCCGUCACAAUGAUGCAUGGAACCACCGUGCCCUUCUCUUCAACCAUGAAUGUUGGCUUAUGCUUCUGGGGUUUCCCUUGGAUUAUCGUUCUUCAGAGUAUCUGCAGGCCGCCAUUGGGUCGUUUGGGAGGUUGAUUCUGUGGGAGGAGGACCGAAGCAAUAUAUCUAGAACCCUGCUCCGUGUUCGGGUCACUUCGCUUGAGGAGGUUCCCCAAUUUAUUGUUUUCUCGGAGGCCGAGGGUUUUGCUGGAGAUUCCUGGACGGUGCAAUGCGAAAUUAUCCAGCAGCUUAUGCUUGGCGGUCAGGCUCAGGAUGAGGACCCCAUCCCUCCGCCACCUGAGGAUGGUCAUCAGCUCCCCCUGGCCUUCUUCGGGCUGGGCCAACCUUUGCCCCCGGCUGGGCUUGACCUUAACUUUCCUCCGGAGCCUGAGGGUGGAGUGUUGCCGGCUCAGCAGGAUGACUUGGGGCAUGGAGAGUGGGAUCAGUGGAUUGUGAAUGAGCAGCCCAUUCAGCAAGACCCUCAACCCCCCUUGCCAGAUGAGCAGCACAUUCAGCAGGAAGAGCUGCAACACAGCAAUCAGCAUUCUGGCUUGUCGUCUGAUAGCUCCAUUGGUGCUGGUCAGCUUGCACCCCCCGCGAAUGGUCAUCCUGCAGUAAAUGGUCAUGCUCUGAUUGGGAACGGAAUGGAAAUCAAUGCUGCCCCUUCAAUGGGCCACAGGAGGUUGAUGGACCGGCACCUCAGGUGGAUCAGGCCCAGGAUUUGGAGGUUGUGCCCCCCCAGGUCCAGGUGGAUGUGCCUAACAACAUUCACCAUCAGAAUUUGGAGAUGAAUCUCAUGCUACAUCAGGAUUGGCAGCCUGACCCCGUCUUUCAGAUGAUUGAGGAAAGAAAUAGAGCUGUCCAGUUCUCUAGGCUCUGGGCCAAAUUCUUUGCUCCGGCUGGACCGACUGAUCACUCGGUAGGUGUCCCUGAGAAAUGGGCACCUUUUUUUCUUUCGAAUCUUCUUCAGCCGGAAUCUUUCAACUGGUCAAAGACUUUUCUUCUGUCAGGUAUCCCUUUAAAGUUGCAGGAGCAAGGAGUGAAUUCUAUCCCUUUUGUGGUUCCUAAGGAUUGCCCAGUUGAUCCCUCCCUGGGGGAUGUCACCUCUGGGGCCUCCAAGGAUUCCAUUGGUUCUGGUGGGCUGACUCCAAUCAUUGUGGAGACAGGGCUCAGGAGAAGCAAAAGAUUGAAGGAAUCACGUGACGGGUUCAGGCAUGGGGCAUGUCCAAAAAGGAACUGCCUCAUGUGCCAGCAUAACUUCGAUGGCCCACCCCCGCUAUCCUCCAAGGUGCUGCGGAAUCUGGGAACCAGGCUUUGCAACCUGUCUGAGGAGGACCUGUCUGAGCAGAGGUUGAAGCAAAAAAAUCGUCUGUGGGACCUGUUGGGCCGCGGAAGGUUGACAGGAAGGAUCUGGCAGAUGAGAAAACUGACGACUCUUCUGAUGAGGAUCAACAAGAUAAUCAUUAGGUGGAUGCUGGGGGAUCUAGGCUUCUGUGUGAGCCCCAUUAACUUUUGGAUGUACUUGGUUCUUCUUUUGGUUCUUGCAGGUCUUUUGGACUAUGGGGUGGCACCUGGGCGUGCCUGUUUUAAUACUCUGUUAAUAUGUGGCUUGUGGACUGACCUGGAUUUUAUCCACUCGUGUGGAUAUGUCCCAAAAACUUCUGGUGUUAUCAAUGAGUAAUCCCAAUUCUGUUAACUUCAUGGAGUGGUCUGUGCUGAGCCACAACGUUAGAGGAAUUAACUCUACCGCCAAAUGGAAUGCUAUUCGUUGUUCUAUUAGAGAUGCGGGUUGUGAGGUUGUUUGUUUGCAGGAAACAAAGAGGGAAUUCUUUGAUUUGGCCUAUCUUAAAAACUUUUGCCCUGCUCCUUUUGAUUCUUUUGCUUUUGUUCCCUCGAUGGGGAACUCGGGCGGAUCUGUUAUCAUUUGGAAGAGCUCUAGGCUUACAGGAAAUGUUAUCUUUCAAAAUAAUUAUGCCCAAUCGGUGGAAUUCACUUCAAACUUGUCGGCCUGCUCCUGGAUUAUCACCAAUGUUUAUGCUCCUUGCACCCAUCAUGGGAAAAUUGAUUUUUUCAACUGGCUGCAUAAUAUUUCUAUGCCCCCUGACAAACUUUGGCUUCUAGUUGGUGAUUUCAAUUUAAUCCGUCGGCCGGAGAACAGAAAUAGAAUUGGGGGGAUAUUAACCUUAUGCUGAAGUUCAAUGAAGCGAUAAGCAAUUUAGAUUUGAUUGAAAUCCCUCUUCACGGACUCACGUACACCUGGUCGAACAGACAACAGGAACCACUGCUUCAGAGGCUUGAUUGGUUUUUCAUCUCGCAAGAAUGGUCGACUGUCUUCCCAGACUCCUAUGCUAAGACAAUGCCGCGGGACAUCUCCGACCAUGUUCCUUGCUUGGUUUCAUUUAAGUCCAAAAUUCCUAAACCUACGAUAUUUCGGUUUGAGAAUUUCUGGCUUGAAUUGGAUGGUUUCAUGAACCUUUUUCAAGCUACUUGGAAUGGGAUCCCUAGCAUUCCCGACAAGGCCAAGAAUCUGACUGCCAAGUUCAAAAUUGUUAGGAAAGUUCUGAAAGAAUGGCAGAGAUCGCUGCCAAAAAUAGAUAUAACGGUGAAGAACAUUAAGUUGCUAAUUGAGCUUAUUGACAUCAUGGAAGAGCACCGGGAUCUUUCUAUUGAGGAAUGGAAUUUCAGGGAAAUCCUGCAACAAAAGGUGGCUGAUUUGCUUAAUAUUCAAAAAAUUUAUUGGAAGCAGCGUGCGGCUAUUCGGUGGGUUACUGAGGGAGACAUUUGUUCUCGCUUCUUUCACGCCCAUGCCACCAUUAAACACAGGAAAAAUUCAAUCUCUACUUUGACUGAUGACAAUGGGACCAUGUUCUUUGAGCAUGAACAUAAGUCUGAUCUUCUCUGGGAGGCUUUCAAGUGCAGACUGGGGUCGUCCGACUUUUCUGAUAUUGGGUUUGACCUAUCAGAAAUUUUAACUUCCAAUGAGCAAUUACAGGGGCUAGAUCAUCCAUUUUCUAAGCUGGAAAUUGAUAGCAUCAUAAAACUCUUACCUUCAGAUAAAUCCCCAGGGCCAGAUGGUUUUAAUACAAACUUCAUCAAAAAGUGCUGGCAUGUCAUUGCCCCCGAUUUCUAUGAUCUGUGUGAUAAAUUCUUCCAUGACCAGGCUUGCUUCAGAAGUAUUAACGGGUCAUUCAUUGUUUUGAUUCCAAAGAUAGAGAGUCCUAUGAAGGUGGGGGAUUACAGGCCAAUUUCUCUUCUAAACAAUAGUAUGAAAAUCUUAACGAAGUUGUUGGCAAAUCGUCUGCAACCGUUCAUGCCCCGGUUAGUUCACAAGAAUCAGUAUGGUUUCAUCAAGGGAAGGUCCAUUCAAGACUGCUUGGCCUGGGCCUUGGAAUAUAUUCACCUUUGUCACUCCUCGAAAAAAGAGAUCAUUGUGCUCAAGCUUGAUUUCGAGAAAGCCUUUGACAUGAUUGAGCAUGAGUUGAUUAUCUAGGUUCUGAUCCACAAAGGUUUCAGCCCUAAGUGGAUCAACUGGAUCCGGAGCAUUCUUCAUUCUGGCACUUCCUCGGUGUUACUUAAUGGAGUUCCUGGUAAGCCUUUUCAUUGCAGGAGAGGGGUUAGGCAGGGCGACCCUCUUUCACCCCUGUUGUUUGUACUGGCAGCUGACCUUCUGCAGAGCAUCAUCAAUAAAGCUAGGAUGCAGAAUCUUCUCAAGCUACCAUUGCCAGACAUUGGUGAACAGGAUUUCCUGAUUAUUCAAUAUGCAGACGACACUCUUCUGAUUUUGGAAGCAUGCCCUAAGCAACUUUUUUUCCUCAAGGCAAUCCUCAACUCUUUUGCCUCUUCUACUGGCCUGAAGGUUAACUACAACAAGUCAAAUAUGUUCCCUAUUAACGUGUCUCCGGAUAAAAUGGUGAUCUUAUCCCGAACCUUCAAUUGUCAGAUUGGCGAGAUGCCAUUCACCUAUCUUGGCUUGCCUUUGGGCCUGGUGAGACCUAGAAAGGAACACUACUUACCUCUUAUUCAAAGGAUUCAGAGGAGGCUGUCUUGCUCUUCAAAUUUUUUGUCCCAGGCUGGGCGCCUGGAAUUGGUAAAUUCUGUCUUCUCAGCCUUACCAAUGUUCUUCAUGUGCACGCUCAAGAUUCCUAAAACCAUCAUUAAGAAAAUUGAUAUUUUCAGAAAGCACUGUCUGUGGAGAGGAAAUGACAUCAACUCCAAGAGGCCACCUUUGAUUGCUUGGAAUUCGGUCACUCAGAGGAAAGUGAAUGGUGGCCUGGGAGUUCUUCGCUUAGAAACGCAGAACGAGGCUCUUCUAAU